AUGCCAAAGUCAGAACCGCGGGCGGGCAUCCGCGCAAGCACCCGGAAGAUCAAGAGUCACAGUACCACUUCUGACCCACAAUCCAUCCAAAGACUAGAGCCCUCAAUGUGUUCUCUCCAGCAGCCUCUGCGGUCCCGUCGACGCCCAUCCACGCUGGCACAGGUACCUGGCUCUAGUUCUCGAGACCCUCCUUCUGCCCCAUCAUUGGAGAACCACGAGGCAUGUUUAGCUACUGUUAAAAUCCUGGAGCAGGAAAUUAAAGCAUUGGAAAGGGACAAGGAGACCCUGUUGGAGCACCUUCAAGAUAUUAAGAGUAAGAAGCAGAAGCUGAGCCCUGCUAGUUUACCGGACAAUGUGGAUCCUGCCGCCUUGAGAACUGCUCUACCGGCAACGACAGCGGCGCCGGAUAUGUGGACUACACAGGAGAACAGGGGGGGUGUAUUUGACAAUAAUCAUGAUAUUGCACCCGGCCCCGGUGACUUUACGCAGUUUCUUCAAUUCUAG